CUUGCCAAUCGGGAGUGGUAGGAGGCGGGCCUGACACUGGGCUGCCGGCUUCGGCGCCAUGAAUAUCUUGCCCAAGAAGAGCUGGCACGUCCGAAACAAGGACAAUGUGGCCCGCGUGCGGCGGGACGAGGCCCAGGCCCGGGAGGAGGAGAAGGAGCGUGAGCGCAGGGUGCUGCUCGCUCAGCAAGAGGCCCGCACAGAAUUCCUACGAAAGAAAGCCAGGCGUCAGAACUCGCUGCCUGAGCUUGAAGCAGCAGAGGCGACAGCUCCCAGUUCUGGCCCUGUGGACCUGUUUCGGGAGCUGCUGGAAGAAGGGAAAGGGGUGACCAGAGGCAAUAAAGAGCACGAUGAAGAGAAGCGACAAGAGAAAGAGAGACAAGAGAAGGCACUGGGUAUCCUGACAUACUUGGGCCAAAGUGCAGCAGAAGCCCAGACCCAACCCCCUUGGUACCAGCUUCCCCCAGGACGAGGGGGACCCCCACAUGGGCCCAGCCCAGAUGAGAAGAUCAAGAGUUGCCUAGACCCCUUACGUGAGAUACAGAAGCAUCUGAGAAAGAAGAGAAGGCACAGUGAGGAAGAAGUCCGUCCUACUAGAAAGAAGGAGGUGCCCGAUAAACAGCGGCCCAAGGAGCCCCCCUCUCUGGAUCAGCUUCGAGCUGAGCGUCUUCGGCGGGAAGCAACUGAGAGGGCUCGGGCAGAAGCCCUGCUGGCCCGGGUGCAAGGCCGAGUACCCCAGGAGGGUCAGCCAGAAGAAGAAGAGACAGAUGAACGGCGGCGGCGGUACAACUCCCAAUUCAACCCCCAGUUGGCCCGGCGCUCACGCCAGCAGGACCCCACUCUUGCUCUCUGACUCCUGGGGGGUAUAGGAGAGGCUGUUGCUGCCAGCCAUCAUAUAAAACUAUUUAUUCAUAAAUAUUUUCCAAAAUGAAAA